AUGGCUUUCAGCUUUGGCUUCUCGGGGGAUGAUAUCGACAUGGACGAUUCUGAGCUCAGUAAUAGUGUGCCGGAAAUUGUGGCUACCAAUGGUACUGCCAACUCACUUCCCGAGCUGGUGAAGGCUCGCAAGCAUGACAUCAACGAAUGGCUCUCAAUACUUCCAUCACAAAUAUACUACAACCGACUCUCAAUAGGCGAGGCACCUAUCACCAUCGCUCGUCGAGAAAUCUUCGAUAUUCGUACCCAAUUAAUGGCCGAAGACAAUGAGAAAUACGACAACGCCGAACUCAUUGCCGGCCUUGAAGAAGGUGACCUCAAGCCUAAUUUCUACGAAGGCGGCUUUAAGACGUGGGAGUGUGCCCUCGACCUGGCCAAUGUGGCUUGUAAAGACGAUAGAAUUAUCCAAUCAUUGAGCAACUCGCAGACUGAUCUCCAUAUGAUUGAGCUCGGCGCAGGCACUGCUGUGCCCUCUUUGACGUUAUUUGCCCAAAUUCUCGCGCAGACAAAUUUAAACGAAAGUGAGAGUGCGAGUCGACGCAAGGCGCAUUUCACAUUCGCAGAUUACAACGACGCAGUGCUCCGUCUCGUGACUCUUCCCAAUCUGCUGUUGACAUGGCAGAGCAGUCGCUCGCAGAGCACAGUCAAUGCUGAGUUCACGCAAGCAUCCUCCCGUCCUGACCAAGAGGAAGAAUUGGAUAUCACGCCCGAACUUAUCGACGAGUUCAAGAAUGACCUUGCACGCCGCGGAAUCUCCAUCGACCUUAUUUCGGGUGGCUGGUCCCCCGAAUUCAUCGACUUGGUCUAUUCUCGUCCUGCGGUUGAAAAUUGCGAAACCCUGGUGCUUGCAAGCGAAACAAUCUACUCACCCGCAACAUUACUGCCCUUUUCGGAAACUCUCUUAUCGCUGCUGCGCCGCUCAAAGACACAAAUAGGAAGCUCUCGGGCCAUGGUCGCGGCCAAGAAGGUCUAUUUUGGCGUUGGAGGGGGCGUUGAUGAGUUCCUUGCCGUGCUCAAGGAUGUUUGUGGUGAUGAAUUGCAGGUUGAGCGGGUACUGGAUGUGCAGUCUGAGGGAGUUGGUCGAGUAGUGCUAGAAGUGAGACAUCGUGUUGACUGA